UUGGAAACAGAAAUCGCAGCACAUGGCCGGAGAUCGCCGGCCGGCGGCCUCUAUAAAUAGGCCUCGCCACAUGGCCAUGCCUAGCCUCUUCACUCUCCUCCUCCUCACCGGCCUACAUCGAUCAGCUCUCGCUCUCUCCAUCUCAUAUAAUUAGUUCUAUAGAGCAGCAUACCGAUAGAUAUAUAGGAUCCGGAAGAUGGUUCACCGGCCGGCUGCAGCUGAUCAGGUCGGCAGGGUCGUGGACCAGGCGGCGGCCACGGCCAGAGGCGGCGCCGGGAGGCGGCAUCAGAAGCCGGCGCACGCGCAGGAGCUGGUUCUGCGGCGGCUGCUGCCGUGCAACAAGGGGAAGGCGUGCCGGUUCAAGCGCAGCUGCUUCAGCGAGGAGGACGACGCCGCCUCCUCCGCCAUGCUGCUGCUCGCCUGCGUCGUCUGCGCCCCCUCCAUCUGACGCGCGGGGUGCAUUUGUCGGUGUGUGGAACGAACGAUCUCCAAGAUGUUCGUUAGGUGUGUAGACUCUAGUGUGUCCAUUGAUCUAUCUAUGCGUCUCUCCCGGCCCUCCCCUUGUAUGUGGUUCCCGGAAAUUAAAGGAAGUUGUUUUCUUCUGGCUAAGUAGUGGUCCAAGACUUGUUGACCUGUGCUUAAUUGUGAGGUCGCCAUGGGAACGAACAAUUGGAUUGCGAUGGCCGCAGUGCAUCUACAGGAGAGAUACCAACAUCGGGUUGGUCCUCAUGAAGCAAAUAGCUAGAAAACAGAGCGGGAGAAUGGAGAUUAAGCCGUCCUGGGACCUGGGCCGGCCGGCAUCUCCGUCCGGAAUGUACGGUACGGUGUUUCUGUGAUGUGCACCUACCUUCCCAUAAAGUUUUAAAUCCAAACUCCGGAUGUGCAGCGAGUAGCAAAAAGUGAAAUAAGUAAGGACUGUUUCUGCUG